AUGUAUCGGCUGCUAGUUAGUCUCCUGCUGCUGUUCAGGGUCGAGUGCCUGGAGUUGAGCUACUGCAACCACACCGAGGUGACCCUGCUCCGGGACACGGAGCUCUUGACCACACUUUCGCUGAGGAACUGCACCCUCUCGCACCUGGAGAAUGCCUUCUUUGUGCGUUUCGGUCAUCUUCUUAAGCUGGAGUUGCAGUAUAGCGGACUGAGUGAUCUGGGAGACUUUUCUUUGAAUGGACUGGCCAGAUUGCAGUCCCUCUCUCUGAGCCACAACAAUCUGAGCGCCCUAAGGUCCUGGUCUAGUGAACCCUUGGGGGCUCUUACCUCUCUGGAUCUGAGUUACAAUGCUUUCAGGCGACUAAGGUCCCAAAGUUUCGAGCUAUUUCCCCAACUGCAGCUCCUUGACCUGGGCUCCAAUGAGAUCUCUCAGAUAGAUGAGGAGACCUUUCAAGGUUUAUCCCACUUGAAGCAUCUGCACUUGAAUGGAAAUCUACUGCAGACCAUCGACAGCAGCUUCUUUUUGGGUCUACACCGCCUUGCAAGUCUGUCCCUUCAGCGUAAUCUAAUAGAGAGCAUAGAAAUGGACGCAUUCGAGACCAAUACACACCUGCGAAGCCUUCGUCUGGAUGAAAAUCUUCUCACAAGCCUUCUAUUUCUCAGCCAGCGAGGUCUGGCACGUCUCGUUCACCUGAAUCUGUCGAAUAACCAAGUGAAGAGCUUGGAACCACAGGGAUUUUCAAAGAACUUUGAACUCCAGAGCCUGGACUUGAGCUACAAUCAAUUGAUAAAUCUUACAAAGGAAGCCUUAUCGGGCCUGGACUCAUUGGAGCGUCUCAACAUCAGCCACAAUUCUAUAGAAGUUGUGGAUACAGACAGUCUGGAGGCGCUCGUCAGUCUUCUGCAAAUAGACGUGAGCUUUAAUCAACUGACAUCGCUCCCAGAGACAUUGUUCAAUGCCAACACUCAGCUGGAGGAGAUUAUGUUUGGUCACAACCUAAUCGGACAUCUGUCGUCACUCGUCUUAGCCCGGCAAAGUCACUUGCGGUACAUUCAGUUUACCGGAAAUGCACUUUCUGAUGCAGUCUUCCUGCAACGGCUGCCUGCAUCCUUGAACCGCCUCUCUCUCUAUGUGGAUCUUAGUUCAAAUCGCCUGAGAUCGAUUGAUCUGAACAGUUCGCAUCAGCUGAAAUAUUUGAAUUUGGCGGACAAUAGCUUCAAUUGUGCCUGGUUGAUCGAAAACUUGGUGAGAGAGCUGCCCAGCUCCGUGAACUUUGCUCGUCCUUGGUCCGUGCUGAAUGGUUGGAGGGAUGACUUUAACAACAUCAACGGAGUGGACUGCGCUGAAGGAGAAACCAAUCGUUCGAUUAUAUUACUGAAUGCCUCUGAGGUUUCUCUGUACAAGACCAGCAAAUGUGAAUGCGAACAAACUUAUGACGAGACGAAUCCUUCGCCGCCUCCUCUUACCUGGCCAAAGAUACCCACGGAUCGAUUUGAUUCACGAUCGGUGAUCAUUUGGAUGCUGGUGGCCAUUGCCUUGGCUUUUGCAGGACUUCGUUGGUUGCGACGUUUUGUCGAUCGAAAUGAAAGCAGGAAAGGAGGGAUGAAGGCGCUGAAUAAUAUGGUUUUUAAGGAUUUAAAUAUUUGUGCACUUUUCAGGUCAAGUCCUGACACCUUUCUUUGGUAGUCAAAAUGUACUUCAGUGAGACAAAACUAAGACACUUGAUAUGUCAUUGAGUUUACAGAGCUGUUCGAAACCGAAAAAUAAAAAUAUAAUACUUUUACUAUAUACAAAAUAAUAUAACUAACUAAUUAUCUUCAAUAUUUAUAAAUAUUCAAUCAAAUAUACUAAAAGAUUUUACACACAAACAGAUUAUAAAUGCUUUUAAAGUGUAUAGUAAAGUAUAUAGUAAAAUC